AGCUCCGCAGUUACCGUGAAGGACUCUGCUUAUAUCAUUCCAUACAUUAGAACUCGAAGGCCACUUGUGACUUGAAGCUAUGCUUGAACUUGAAGCGGUAGUACCGAAGCAUGGUUAACUCAACAUACCAUAGUUUGCAUGCAUCAUGAGAUCUGAUAUGAGAUGGAACAUUCAAGCAUAAUUUUUCUGCAGAAUCCAGUAACAGUGAAAUGUAUGAGAGAUUCAUCUUCAUUCUCCUCAUUCAGGCAGAGUUGACCGUUAAGAAUGGCAUUCAUGGUGAUGGGUUUUGUGCAAUAUCCUUACAAAGUAUGGAAUAUGUUGGCUCCUGCCCUUCCAAUAAAUUAGAAAUGGAAGAGUCUUCAAAAAUAAAAAACUGUUCUCAGUACAUUCACGAAGAUGCAAAGAGAAAUUGUAGUGACUAUAUGAAAAUUAAAUAUCAUUGUGUGAUAAACGAAGACGGAAAUCGAACGAUUGAGGUGUGUGCACCAGAGAGGGUAAUAAAUGGAUUUUGUGCUGAAUUUAAUAAAGAAGGUGGAAGAGUUAUAGGUAACCACUAUUUAGAAUGCACAGGAUAUAGCUCACCUUGUCCAUAUUCUUACAAAUCAUCGAAAACCUAUUUAUAUCAAGACUGCUACAAUUUAACAAACAACGUAAAACUGAUUCAGGAUACAAAACAGGGCAUUCAGAAGCCUGUCAGAGAACCAACAGUCACUUCAUCUCGUACCCCUCAAAACCCUGCCAUAAAACCCACAAUAACUUCAAUGAUAUCACGCUCAACUUCUACUAAAUCCAGUAUACCGGACUGGGUGGUGACUGUUAUCAGCUGUUCCGUCAUUUUUGUCAGCAUCCUUGUUCUUUUUGUGGUUUUGUGUGUUUGUAAACUUCCGAUAUGCAUGUAUUGUAGUCCGAAGAAAAAUAGAAGUGGAAGAAAUGUGAAUGAAGAUGGGGAGGAUACCCCUUUUAACGGCACAGGAGACCAGCACCAUAAUGCAACAGAAGGGAAUUCAUGAACUGGAAAAAAUCAGAUUCCGAAGACGUAAUCUUGAAGAGGAUGUGUUGCUGUUUGUGGAUAUUGCUAAAUGUUUUGUUAUGAAAAGAACAAUCUAAACUGAUGACAUAUAUUCUCCAAAACUUAUGAUGAUGUGUGCUAUAUAGAUAGUAUUGCACAUUUUGCUCAUCGCUCUGGGUCAAAGUUCAAAAGGGAUAUGAAUUGAAUUCAGGUAGUUGGCAGUAUGUAAACACCUGUGAAAGAUAAACAGAUGUUGAAAUACUGUCCCUAAGUGCUAUGAAAUCAUUGGAUUUCGUUUGGACUCAAUACGCCAGUUUUGAGAUAAAAACUCCUCUGUGUAGGAGGUGCUUUUAGUGAACAUUGUGGUGAUAUCUUCUUGCUCAUCACACCGUGAAUUUAUAUAUACAUGUGUGUGUGUGUGUAUAUAUAUAUAUAUAUAUAUAUAUAUAUAUAUAUAUAUAAAGCACUAAAAUGACCAACGACACGAACAACGAGAUUGUCAAAUUUUCAGGACGACCCGUCCCCUCUUCAGGACAAACGAAAACAAUUACAUAAUGUGGUCAAUAUCAACAGAGCAUAAUAACAAAAACUACAUAUAAAUACAUCUAACACUACAACUACACUAAUCUACAAACUUAUUUACAACGCAGACUACAUGUUUUUGGUCUUUAGGCUUGCCAACCAAUGUUAAAAGUGGAGCGAAUUAGGACAUGCCUUAUUCGUCCAAAGAGAUGAUCCAAAUAUAUAUAUAUAUAUAUAUAUAUAUAUAUAUAUAUAUAUAUAUUCAUCGUGAUUAGGACACUGUGUAUCUUUAAUUAAAUUGGUAACCCUAUUUCAGCAUUGUUGUUCUCUAGACUUUUUUUUCUAUGGAGAAGGGAGGGGGGGGGGGGUGUAAACCAACUAGGAGUCCAGUAUACUGUUAUAUACUUUGGAGUGGUGACAAAAGUGAGUAUUUGUUUUUAUUUUUUAGCUCACCUGAGCUGAAAGCCGUCCGUCCGUCCGUCUGUAAACUUUCCAUAUUUUCAACUUCUUCUCAACAACCACUGGGCCAAUUUCAACCAAAGUUGGCACAAAACAUCCUUAGGUAAAGGGAAUUCUAAAUUGUUAAUAUAAAGGGCCAGGCCACCGUCCAAGGGGAGAUAAUCAAGAAAAGGUAAAAAUAGAGUAGGGUCAUUAAAAAAUCUUCUCAAGAACCACUGGGCCAGAAAAGAUGAAAUUUAUAGAUAAGCUUUAUUAGGUAGUGAAGAUUCUAAAUUGUUAAAAUCAUGGCCCCCGGGGGUUGGAUGGGGCCACAAUAGGGGAUCCAAGUUUUACAUACAAAUAUAUAGGAAACAUCUUUAAAAAUCUUCUUCUCAAGAACCACUGAGCCAGAAAAGUUGAGAUUUAUAUGAAAGCUUCCUGAUAUAGUGCAGACUCAGGUUUGUUAAAAUCCUGGCCUCCGGGGGUCGGAUGGGGCCACAAGGGGGAUCAAAGUUUUAAAUACAAAUGUAUGGGGAAAAUCUUUAAAAAUCAUCUUCUCAAGAACCACUGAGCCAGAAAAGCUGAUAUUUACAUGAAAACUUUCUGACAUAGUGCAGAGUCAAGUUUGUUAAAAUCCUGGCCUCCGGGGGUCGGAUGGGGCCACAAGGGGGAUCAAAGUUUUAAAUACAAAUGUAUGGGGAAAAUCUUCUCGAGAACCACUGAGCCAGAAAAGCUGAGAUUUAUAUGAAAGCUUUCUGAUGUAGUGCAAAUUCAGGUUUGUUUAAAUCAUGGUCCCCGGGGGUCGGAUGGGGCCACAAUAGAGGAUCAAAGUUUUACAUACAAAUAUAUAGGGAAACUCUUUAAAAAUCUUCUUCUCAAGAACCACUAAGCCAGAACAGGUGAUAUUUACAUGAAAGCUUUCUGACAUAAUGCAGAUUCAAGUUUGGUAAAAUCCUGGCCCCCGGGGGUCGGAUGGGGCCACAAUAGGGGAUCAAAGUUUUACAUACAAAUAUAUAGGGACAAUCUUUAAAAAUCAUCUUCUCAAGAACCACUGAGCCAGAAAAGCUGAUAUUUACAUGAAAGGACAAGGUACGUUUGGGGCCAAAUUUAGCCCCGCGUUCAAAUUAAAUGAUAUUCCUCAAAAUUCUUUCAUAUGGUGUAUACUUCCAUAAGAUGGUCAUGAUGUCUUCGUAAAAAGCUUUACUUAUGUAUAAUACAUAUGGAAAUAGAGUAUAGUUUACGAUAACGUUGUGCCAUUUUGACGUUACUUUAUGCGACGUCAUAAACAAAGCUAUGUCAUGAACUCAAUAUGAAAAUAAUCCAAUUUAUAUCGCCAUAUGCUCAAAGUUUUAUUAAACAAAUGUGCACUACGA